AUUCAGUAUAUCUGUGAUUCAUGUUCCUCGGAAUCAAAGAAUGUUCCACAUUGAUAUAAGGGUGAUCUGAUACAGAAAAGUGUCUUUUCUUUGAGUGAAAAGUGUUCAGACACUUUGUUCUCUUUGAACUCUGGUAGUUCAAUAUUAACUUGGUGACUCCAGUAACUCCAGCAGUGGGCUUUUUGACUGAUUAGAUUCGAUGAGAUGCUCCCAGGUUUUUUCAGGAUUAAAGGCUCAGUCAUCCUCAAGAAUGGGAGCAAAAGCGGCACCUCUUCUACUAUCGCUACUUCUUGGACAUGUUCUCCACCUCACAUUGUGUACUGACGUGUUUAUCGACAACAAGGAAGCCUCUCAGAUCAUUCGAGCAAAGAGGGCUAACGCGGUUUUUGAGGAGUUUAAACCAGGGAAUCUGGAGAGAGAGUGCGUGGAAGAGAUUUGUGACCACGAGGAGGCUCGAGAAGUGUUCGAGAGAGUUGAUAAAACGGAGAUUUUUUGGGCGAAAUAUUUGGGUAAGAAUAUAUAGCCUAUAUAUUACGGAAAGUUUCAGUGUAAACAGUGACAACAUUUUGUGUAAACAGUUUCUAUUGAACCAGGGACAAAGUGCAUUUUCACAGACCUUUGCCUGAUCAAUUUACAAAUUAGUAAGAUUAGUAUCAGGUUAAAACAGUAGCAAUUAUAAACAAACCUUA